AUGGUCUCUACAAAAGACGUUUGCAGCAGCAAGAACACAAUGCGUGUGUGGGCAUUAGACGACACCUUCUUCCCCCGAUCGCACUGUCCUUCGCAACCCCAUCAGAUCGACCGGUUUGGGCAUUACAAGCUGUGGCACUUUGGCGGGUCGGUGUGCACCGUGGUGUCCUUCUCAUCUGUCUUCGGUGGCUGCCUCGUGUGCCGCCUGCUCGCCUCCAACUCCACGCUCGUUGAAACCGCCAGCUACAGCGUCUUUGCUGCCGUCUUCAACUGCGGCUGGGCCGCCACCCAGGUGUCUCACAUGUGCGUGAGUGGGGCAGGCAGCACCCGCAUUGUCCCCUUCAUACACAUCCAAACCCUGCCCUUCUCCGCCCUCUCCCUCCCACUCCCCCUCCCACUUCCCUCCCUCUCCCACCUUUCCCACAGGGCGAUGGUGAACUGUCUGACGGCCAACCCCAGCAGCAGGGUGGCGAUGAACAGCUGUCGCAACGCCUUCACCAUGAUCGCCAACCUCGCCCUCUUCGCCAUCGCCCUCGUCGCCUUCUCCCUCUUCCCCGCCCACGACCCCGCCCAGGUGCAGGCACAGUACCGGUGGAUCUCGUUUGUGGCGCUCACCUCGGGCGCUGCCUUCCUGCUCAUCUUCUAUGCCGGGGUCAGCGAGCCCACUGUCUCCCGAGUGCCAGUGCGCCUGCCCUCCUCUCGCUCCUUCUGCACCGACCAAUCCGCCGAUGACAGCACCGACCAAUCAGAGCAGUGGGCAGCCAAGGCGGCGGAGGAGCAGGCAGUGCCAGCGUGGCUCUUCUGGUUCCGCCAGCUGGCAUACUUCCAGGUGGCGGCUGUCUACAUGUUUGUGCGACUCAUCACCAAUGUCUCCCAGGCCAUGCUGCCAUUCUUCCUCAUAUUCGACCUGGGGCUGCACCCCUCCGCCAAAGCCACUAUCCCAGCGCUCAUCUUCAUCUGCAGCUUCAUCACCUCCAUCGUGCUCCAGGAGCUACAUUGGGACAUGGGGCGCAUGAGGGUGGCGUUCAGCGUGGGAGCAGUGCUGUGGGCGGGGGCGAGUGCGGCAUUCCUCUACGUGGACGCGGGGCCCUCCAUGGACCUCGUUGUCUAUGCCCUCGCCCUCGUUGUCGGCAUCUCCAACGCCCUCAUGCUCGUGACGGCAACGAGUCUGGAGGGGGUGUUGGUGGGGCAGCAUGUGUCGGUGUGUGCCUUUGUGUACGGCUCGCUGUCCUUCCUCGACAAGUUCACCUGCGGCAUCGCCCUCGUCGCCAUCCAGGCCUUCAACUUUGAGUCGCGGACGCCGUGGGACUUCGUCGCUGCGACGCCGGCCGCACUCUCAGCGGCCGCGAUGUCGAAGCGGAAGCAACAACGCAAGGCCAAGGCGGCAGGUCAAAUCGCAACCGCGCGGACACCUGUUGGGUCGUCCGCAGCUUUUGAGAGUGCCACGUCAGCGUGUGACGACCAAUCAAAGAGUGCCACGCAGGCAGCUGAGCUACCGACUAGCGUCAGUGAUGCUGAUUCGUCGCAAACAGCUUCGGCUGAUUGUAUUCCUGGAUCGGAAGUUUCAGCGAAUGAUGCGAUGGUGGGUGAGGAAGAGGACGAGUCGCGGACUCGCGUUGCCACGUGUCAUCACCACAAGGGUUUAGAUUUGAAGAAGUUCACUCGCGAGCUGAAGAAGCGCCACGUGGAUGCGUGCGAUCCGUGCAGCCAACACAGCCUCCGAAUGGCCAGCAGCAAGAAGAAGGAACAGGCGGCGCUUAUAACGGGUAUAGCGGAGGAGUCCCUCUGGGUGUGCCUGGUGUGCGCGCGAGGGUUUUGCGGAGAUGCGGUAAUGGCGGAAGGGGAUGCGGAAACAGGGAAAGGAAAAGGGGAUGGCGGAACGGAAGGGGAAGGGGAAAGGGAAGGCGUUAGCGCGCGGGAGAGCGGGCACGGGCACGCGCGGCAGCACUGGGGGCAGCUGAAGAGCCACGCGCUGAUGGCGCACGCGCAGUCCUUGCGCGUCUGGUGCUUCCGCUGCCACCGCUGCGUGCUGCUGCGCGCCGAUGGCGAUGUACGCCCGCAGGCAGAUGGCGCCGUGUGUGCACAGGCGGAAGAAAAAUCGGUGGGGGAGGGGGCGGAGGGACAGGGGGAGGCGCGGAGUGACACGUCAGCGAAUGCUGCGACCACCCAUGCGAGUGAAGGGGGGAGCGCUGCUGGGGGUAGUGUUGCGGGGGAAAGUGCGCCAUGGGCGCAAAGCCUCCCCUUGGACCAUCCGCUCCGCGAGUUCCUCCUGCUGCUGGCGGAGAGGCGCGCGGAAGUGGCGCGCGCUAAGGCGGCGGAGCAGAGCAAAAAGGGGUCGACGGAGGGGGAUGGCGGGGGGACAGCGGCGGAGACAGGGGAGAAGCGAGGGAAGGCGAAGGAGGGGCGGGGUGAGGUGGCUGCUGCGAAGGGGAGAGAGAAGAAGAGCGGAGCGGGGAAGGCGGGGGUGUCAGCUGACAAGGUAGAGAAGGAGGCGGAAGAGGGGGAGAGUGGUGAUGAGGAGGAAGGGGAGGGGGAGCGGCGGGCAGGCGCGGGGGGCGAGGGGCCGGUGCGCGGGUUGAGCAAUCUGGGCAACACGUGCUUCUUCAACUCCGUCCUACAGAACCUCGUCGCGAUUCCCGCUCUCCGAGACCACUUCCUCGCCAAUCUGGAGCUGCCACGUGUCGAGGCGCCUGCUUUGGCGGAGACGGGGACAGAGAGGCGGGGCGAUGGCGGAGGGGGCAAUGAAGGUGCGGAUGCGGAUGGGGGGGAUAAGGAGGGGUCAGAGGGGAAGGUUGGCGGGGGCCGGAAGGGGGGAGGAGUGAAGGUGGGGGGAACGAAGACGAGGUUCAAGGGGAUCAUAGGUAUGGCCCUGAGACGCGUCUUUGAAGACUUGAAUCCGGGCCUCGUGCCCGCUGCUACUUCUGAUGCCGCUGGUGCCGUUGCUACUGCCGCCACAGGCAGCCAAUCGGAGGAGAGCAUCUGCAGUCCGCGCGGCCACGUGGCAAAGGGCAAGGCGCUCCACUCGCGCAGAUCAACAGCCCGCGGGGGGGGAGGAGGAAAGCGGGGCGCGGGGGGGAAGCAUGGCAAGGGGGGCGGGGGGAAACGGGCGCAGCAGCACGAGGCGGAGGGCAGGGCGGGGAAGGCGGCGCCUUACAAUCCGCGGGAGCUGUUUGGAGCGGUGUGCAGGCAUGCACCUCGGUUCAGAGGGUACGAGCAGCAGGACAGCCACGAGCUGCUGCGCUGCCUGCUGCAGCUGCUGCAGGAGGAGGAAGACGGCACCGCUGCUGCCGCCGCUGCUGCUGCCCGAAAGAAGAAACGCCAAGCUGCAUCCGCUGCUCCCCCGCCCCCUCCCCCGCUUCCCCCCCCGCCCCCGCCUCGCGCUAAUGCCCCCCCUCGCGCACCUCCCCCUCCUCCCACCCCGCCUCCGCCCCCGCCCCCUCCUCCCCCCUCCGCCCCGCCGCCUCCCCCUCCUCCCCCCUCCGCCCCGCCGCCUCCCCCUCCUCCCCCAUCCCUCUCUGCGGCGAACGCUGCAGGAGGGGCAGGGGGAAAAAAAGAGGGGGGGAAGGCGGAGGGGCAGGGGGGUUCGGGGCCAUUGGCGGGGUUGAGUGCGGGGCUGGGGCUGGCGAUGGCGCGGCUGAGGCGCGUGGAGGGGGGCGCUGCUGCGGAGGAGGUGCAGCGAAUGAGGGAGGAGAGGGGGGACGAGGGGGGGGAGGGCAUGGGGCUGGGAUGGUUGGAAGGCGAGGGGAGCGGGGAAGAGGCGGGCGGUGCGGGGACGGGGUGGGAAGAAGAGGAGCGGGGCGAGGGGGAAAGCGAGGAGGAGGACGAGGAUGGGGAGGAGGCAGGGCGGGAUGGGGAGGGGGGACGCGGAGGGGGAGGGGGAGAGAGUGGGAAGAGGUUGAGUGUGGUGGAGAGGCUGUUUGGCGGGGUGCUGAGCAGCACGGUGGUGUGCUGCGAGUGCGGGCACUCGUCCACUGUGAGCGAACCCUUCCUCGACCUCUCCCUCCCCAUCCCCGUUGCGCCCCCCCCGCCCUCCCCCCUCGCGCACAUGGCUGCACAGAGCAGCAGGAAGGCGCAUGUUGGUGGGAAGGGGGCGGAGCUUGGCGAGUGGACGGCGGUGGAGAGGAGGGAUGGGAAAGGCGGGCGGGGUGGCAAGGGGGAGGUGGCAGGGGGAGGGGAGGUGAAGGCAGAGGAAAGGGGAGAGGAGAGAGGGGAGGGAGGGGCGGUGGAGGGGGUGAAAGGGAGUGUGGUUGAUGGGGAGGCGAACGGAGGACGCACAGGGACUGGCACAGGCAGUGAAGGUGGCGGUGGCAUCAGCAGCAAGGGUAACGGUGACAUCAGCAGCAAUGGUGGCAGCGGCUUGAGUAGCAGCGAGCUGGAAGCAACGCCAGCGGGUCCUAAAGAAGGAGAGGAAGCGGCUGUGGCUGGUGGUGUGGCGGGUGACGUGUCAAGUGGUGGUGGUGUGGCUGGUGACGUGGCAGUUGGAGCCGCGGAAGAGGAACGGCAGGGAGCAGCAGUGGGAGAGGGAGAGGCGCGUACAGGCGAAGAGGCGCGUGCAGGGGAUGGUGGCGAGGCCAGCAGCAGUGGCGCUGCUGUGCAUGGCAUUGCUACUGACGGGAGGGCUGUUGAAGGGAGGGCUGCUGUGGAGACAGGUGGUGAGGGGAGAGAUGGCAGUGGUGAGCAGAGGGAGGAAGAGAGGGUGGGAGAAGAGGAGGGGGUCAGGGAUGGGAGGGCGAGGCCGGGUGAGAGCAGUGCAGCCACUGGCACCUCCAGUGGGCCUGAUUCCACCAGCAGAGAGGGCGGAGCAGGCAGCAGCUGUAGCAGCAGCGCCAGUGCCGUGGGGAGCAGUUGUAGCGUGGGUGGCGGCGUGGCAAGCAGCAGCAGUGCAACGGGCGCACAGGAGGGUGGCGUUGUGAGCUCGAGCACAGAGAAAGGGCGGGAACGGAGGGUGGGAUUCCUGUCAGAUCACCCAGAGCAGCCGCCGCUGUUGCAGCCGCAGCCGCAGCCGCCGCAGCUGUCACAGACGCAGGUGCAGCAGGCGAAGCAGCAGCAGGCGGCUGCGCGCAUGUCGGUGGAGGGGUGUCUAUUGGAGUUCAGUGCCGAGGAGGUGCUCAGAGGGGACGAUGCUUGGGGCUGUGAUGGCUGCACUGCCAUCAGACGGAAAGAGGUGAGGCGCAGGCGGAGGGAGGAGAGACGAGGUAGGAAGGAGAAGGGUGGAGAAGGUAGUGGUGAGGUGGCUGCUGAAGGGGCGACGGGAGAAGGGACAGAGGGUGUGGGGGAGGUGAGUGGCGAGGCAGAUGGGGUAGUGGUGGUGGCAUCAAAUGCGACCGCAGUAGUUAGCUCUGCAAAUGAUGGGAUUGAAAGAAACGACGUGGCUGCAGAGAACAGUGUGACUGCAGCGAACGGUGUGACUGCAGCGAACGGUGUGACUGCAGAGAGCGGUGUGACUGCAGCGAAUGGUGUGACUGCAGAAAAUAUUGACCCUGCGGCGAAGGAUGCACCUGCAGCAGGCAGUGUGGCAGCAGUAGGCUGUUCCAGUGGCACUGAUGACAGCAGUCAUGUGGAAUGCAGAGACAUGGAGCAUGUGACUCAUGCUCCUGCCAUUCCUUCUGCCGCUCCUGCUGCCGCUGGUGUUGGCGGUGGGGCAGGAGACGAACAAGGGGAGAAUGAGGAGGAGGAGUCAGAGGAGGAGGCAGAGGGGGAGGAGGAGGGGGGGCGGGUGCGCAGUGAGGCUCGGAAGAGGUACCGGGUGAACAGAGCGCCGCCCGUGCUGGUGGUGCACCUCAAGCGCUUCCGCCAUGACACCCGCGGCCGCCUCUCCAAGAUCAGCGGCCACGUGGCGUUUGGGGAGUGGCUGGACCUCAGCCCCUUCGUCGACCCCCUGCCCCUUAACCCACCCACGCACACCGCACCAUCACCAUCAGCAUCAUCAUCGGUACCACCCAAGCCGCUGCACACACCGCAGGUGCCUCUAGCCGUGCAGACAGGUGGCGAGGCGCCAUUGGAUGGUGUGUUGGAGGACCAGUCCCAGUCCCAGAUUGAGGCUCAGGCAAAGGGUGAGCCCCACCGGUACCGGCUGUGUGGGGUGGUGGAGCACAGCGGCACGAUGCGAGGCGGGCACUACGUGUCUUAUGUGCGGCGCGGCUGGCAGCAGCAGCAGCAGCAGCAGCAGCAGCAAGGGGCUGGAGCGGAUGUGCAAAGCAGUGGGGAGGCAGAGGCAGAAGCAUGCAGUGGAGCGGAGCUGGUGCAAGCAGGUGGGGUAGAGGGUGGCGGGAUCACAGGGAAGAUCAAUGGGAUUACUGCAGAGGGUGAUGGGGUGCUGGGGAAGGUGUGUGGUGGUGGGAGUGCAGGGCAGGCAGGGGAGAGUGGGGGAUGGGAGGGUGGGCAGUGGUGGUACAUCAGUGACACGCACGCCCAGGCAUCGACCCUAGAGAGAGUGCUGCGCUGUGAAGCCUAUCUGCUCUUCUACCACCGCAUAGGGAGCUAG